UUUCAAUAGUUUGAUCCAAACGAAAAACAUCGACAGAUGGCAAAGAUCAUGUUAUGAUUAAUAAUUCCCGUGAAAAUCAUAUUGUUUUUCACAAAAUAUUGAGUUUAAAGAAGACUUUAAUAUAUUGAGAAUCGUAAAAAAUGGAUUUAUUAAGUGUGAGUGAAGUCUCAAGACUGAAUUUAAACUUUUAUAUAAAUUCGUGCAAAGCGGGAGAGAGUGAAUGAAACAUGGCGUUUCUUUCAUAUGUUCCGAAAAUCGAGCACGCUGAUUAAUUUUUCUCCGAUUUUUUUUUUUUUUUUCCUUAAAUUCCGUGCAGACAGGCAGUUUUCGUUUAUUUUAUUUCAUAAAUUUAUAAACGAUUUCAAAGACGUGAAUAUUGUGUUUCACUAAAUUGUGUUGGGAACCUUUUUUUUUUUACUCUGUGUAUAAGUGAGUGUGUUGUGUGUACAAAUUAUAAUCUAUGUUGAAAAUGUCCUAACGAGAAAGAGAGAGAGAGAGAGAGAGAGAGAAAGAGAAGAGAAAAAAAGAGGUGAUCACAAGUAUGAGAAGCUUCAAUUCAACUGUGUAUCUUUUGGAAUGCAGAAAGUUUAUGAAAUAAUAGCACAGUCAAAAUGACGUCACGAAGUUAUACAAAAUCAUAUGGUCGUAAAGUUAAUACUGUUUCCCCAGGUAGUAUACAAUUUGACAAACUCUUUCGAGAAAACAGUAAUCGACCCUCGGCUGCCAAAUCAGCGGGCAUCGUCGGAAAAUGGGGCAUAACUUCCUUUACGUCGAUUCGCAGCACAAAUAUUAAUGGACGACGAGAUGACGUUCAUCCAACUUAUGGGAACAAACGAGCAAAGCUUGAUUAUGGUAAUCAAAAUGCUCGCGUAAAUUCAAGUAAGGAUCCAUUUUCCUUUGAUAAUGAAAAAACUGAGACGGCAGCGGUGGUGAAACCAAAAAAAUUUUUCAAAAGCCGAAAUGCCACGCCAACAACAACAACAACAACAACAACAAUUGAUGAGACACGUCCUGAAUCAAUUACGUAUCGACAAGUACCUGAAUCACAUUAUGGACGAGGUCGUCCGCCAAAGCAAAGUCAACAAACUGCCGCCUCAAAGCAGCAAAUUUUGUCAAAAGCAUCGUCCGUUGCUCAAUUAAAGAAACAACAACUUCACAAUGAAAUUCAAACAAACGCUAAUCAAGUACCUAAAGACGAGGGUAAACCUCCAAUAGUUUUACGAAUAUGUAAAGGAACAGCGCGUUUAAUUUGCGGUGAUGCCGAUUCAGAAACUGAUACCUAUAGAAUUUCAUCCUCGCCCCAGGAGAGUCCAACGAAAAUCGAUAAUAAUGAUCGAAAAUCAUCGCCAAUACAAUCAAUGACGACGACAACGACGAUCACGACAACAACAACAACAACAACAACAACAUCAACCGAUACAAGAACAACACGUUCAUCAUCGACAAUAGCUCAACAACCAGUCGUCACGACUGUUUCCAUUCCGUUGGACGAUUCCGAUACACGAAGAACGACACGUAGUCGAGCGAAAAAUCUCCGCGAUAUUAUAUCACCGACAACAGUUAUUGCAUCAACACCACCAGUUACCACCGCCACUAAUAAUAACAACAACACUACCACCACCACCACCACUACAAAUUCUCAUGGUUCCGGUUUAUCACUAACACUCCGAAAAUCGAUGACCGAUUCAAAUAACACAGUUAUUGCCCAUUACGAUAUUGUUAAGACUGAUACAACAAAUUUCACUGGAAAAACACAAGUUGAACCAUUAAUUGGUCGCGAUCAACCCCUACCAACAACAACGCAAGAACUCAUUGAUAUUCUAUCAAGUGAUCCCGAUGCAGGACAGAGAAAUAAUAAUAAACAACAACCAAUGGAAACAAAUUACGAAGAACAUGAGGAAAUAUUUGAGGAGAUUCUACAGUAUUCAGAGGAGCCAUCAACAAAACAAAAUGAAGAUGACGAAAAUGAAAAUGAUGAUGAUGAUGAUGAUGAUGAUGAAGAAUUGGAAAAUGAAUCCGAGCCAAAUAAAGAAAUUGAAGAAAAAGAAUUAACACCAUUGAGAGAUGAUGUACCACCAACAACAACGGCAAAAACAAUUGUUGAUCAAGAUUGGUUCUCAGGAAGUGAGGAUAGCGAAUGUGCAACGGGCAAUGUUGAAAAUGAAAUUCCCGUUCAACGCGAUGAAGAAAUUAGAGUUCAACCAUCGUCAUCGUCAUCACCACCGCCACGAAAUGAUGUUUCAAUUACAAAACCAACAACGAAAAAAGGCAGUAUUUUCAAAAGUAGGUCGGCUGGCACGACAAAUAGUAAUAAAAGACGAGCUUUAUAUAAACAUAAAUGGUCGGACAAUGAUAAAGAAUCGCCGGCCAUUGAUACUGGAAAUACUGGCAAUGAAAUACCAAAUGCAGCAUCAAGUUCACACGCUGACGCAAAUACAGUUGCAUUCGAGGAAUUUGGAUCUGAUGAAUUGACAAGAGUUGUCACUUAUCCAGAACCUGGAAUGGAUCUUGUUGAUGAUGAUCUAUUGGCCGUGACGAGCAUUCGAUGUGACAAGAAAGUCAAGGGUUUUUAUACGGUGGUGAAGAAUGUGAAGAAAGCUCAUCAGAUUCAAGAAAGUGGUGAAUUCCAAGAGUUCAACGAUGAUGUUGAAUAUAUUUUGGAUACAUUGAGAGAAAAUAAUCCAAAUGCUACGCGUUGCCUCUCGGCUAUUCGAUUAGCAAGUAAAUGUAUGGCACCAGCUUUUCGAAUGCACGUUAGAGCCCAUGGAACUGUUGCCAAAUUUUUCAAAGCUCUUCACGAUGCAACGAAAGAUCAGAGUCUUGGUUUAUGUACAGCGACAGUUAUGUUUGUUUUAAGUCAAGAUCGUCUUGCGAUGGAUCUUGAUCGUGAUUGUUUGGAGCUGAUGCUUAGUUUAUUAGAAUCCGACGCAAGUCACAAAGAUGCUCUCGAUGAUUGUGGCCUGAGUCGGGCUGAAUUGUUAAAAAAUAAAGAGAAAGUCCGACAACUUUGCGCUGACAUUCAAGCUCAAGGACACGCGAAACACCUGAAUCUUGAUAACAUUACCGUCGGACAAUUGGCAAUGGAGACAUUGUUAAGUUUAACGUCAAGACGAGCGGGCGAAUGGUUCAAGGAGGAAUUAAGGGAAUUGGGAGGUUUGGAGCAUAUCGUGAAGACAAUCAGGGAUUGCCAUCGACAUAUAAACGUCAAUGAGAUUGCACGUGGAUGGUGUGAUACCAUACUCGACAAAUUGAGAAAAGUCGAUCGAUGUUUGCGCGUUUUGGAAAAUGUGACGCAUAUGAACGAAGAGAAUCAAGUGUACUUGUUGAAAUAUGAUAAUGGUGUUUUGGUGAGCACUCUCGCUAGUCUUUAUCAACUUUGCGCGAAGGAAAUUCCUAUGUAUCCAAUCAUAGAUCCAAGUGAUAAAAGUUCUACUGGUGCUGUAGUUAGAGAAUGUCUCUUUGCUAUUAUCAAAGUCCUGAUUAAUUUAACACAUCGAUUUAAUAGACAAUCUUUUGGAAGUAAAACAGUUGGUUCACAAUCCGGUGUCUUAGAAUGCAGUCUCUAUCUUUUGUUACGUGUACCGGAAUCAAUUCCCGAGGAGAAGAGAUUCGACAUGAUGAUGUUGGCAUUAAUUCUUUUGAUUAAUUUAGUUGAACAAUGUGACGAUAAUAAGAAAAUGUUUAUCGAGGCCAAAGCACCAUCGACUGAACAUAUUUUCGAUGAUAAUGAAAGUGGAGUAGAAGCGCUCAUUGAUCUUUUUUACAAACAAGAGGAGCUUGCACGUGCUGAGGAGCAGAAAACUGACGCUAUUUUAGAUGGAAAAAAAGACGCGGAACAAACGGAAACUGUUUCGACUACGACAAAAUCACAAGAGGAAUUUAUUGAAGAAACAGUUACAAAAUUGUUACAAAAAGCAGGUAGACACAUGGAGCACACUUUGAUAGGUGCAUACGUUGUACUUUUAUUAGGAUAUUUAGUUAUGGAUAAUAAGGAUUAUGAAACUCUGGUUAGAAGUUUAUUACCGGACAACACAUUUAGCACUAUGAUUGCUGUUCUUCAAAAGUUCUUCAAUUUCAUGAAUUUAACGGCAUCGAACGAGGUGAGCAGUUGUGGAAUUGCCGCCACCGAGAAAGUAAUCAAGUUCCUAAAAAUGUCGGACGCAAGAACCGAGGAGGAGAAGAAUGAAUUACCCCUGCCGGCUUUGGAGGAAUCGAAUGUGAUGCUUGACAUGAGUUUGUCUUGAUCAAGGUGUCACGACGAGUACGUUUGAGAACGAAUCGUUGUUUUAAAUUCACGCGAUAACAGCCAAAGCAAUAUGUGUGUCCAAAUGUGGUAAUUUUUUUCUUUUUUUCUUUUGAAUUUUUUCUCUUUUUUAACUUGACAGGACCUCUUUUACUUUGAUUCGCAAAGAAUAUCUUUUUUUAUAUAUAUAUAUAUAUAUAUUUAUUAAUGGAAUAAUUUAUUGCUGUUUGAUAUUUUUGACAAAAAAAAAAAAAAAAAAAAAAAUCGAUAGACCGACUUUUAUUAUUAUUUUAUUAUUUUCUAAUAAUUAAUAUCUUAUCAAUCAGCAGCAGGACUUAAAUAUUACGGAUAAGUCGUUACUUAAGUACGAAGAAAGAAAAUAAAAAUAAAAUAAUGCAAAUUUGAAAAUAUUUAGGACGUUGUAUGUGAAAAAGAAAAAAAAAAAAUGAAAACAGGACCAGCUCUUGUAAGUACGAAAGGCAGGGCACUUAUUGAAAAGAUCUUUUAUUAGUGUUAAUCAGAUAUAUAAAUAUAUAUCUCGCGGGGUCAAUCAACUCUUAUUCAUUUUCUUUUUUUUUACAUAGUAUAUAUGCGUAUUUUUGUGGAUAACAAUUUUUUUUUGGUUUUUUUUUCUUGCCACGACAAUUUGUUAAAUUAUUUUUUUUGGAAAAUUAUUAUUAUUAUUAUUAUUAUUAUUAUUUUUUGAAUAAGUAUAGGCACGAAAUAAUUGUUUAUUAUUAAUCUACCCAUGUGUAUACCUCUUAGAGAAGUAUUUUGUUGAUUGACAAUGCAAGGGGGUCAAGUGUGGGCCAUUGAAUAUCCAAUAUAGUGUUAUGCUGCGUAAGUUUAUUUUAAUAUUAAACUAAAGUUAAUACUAUAAGCCUUGUAAAUGUAAAUUUAUAAAUUAUAAUUGUAUCUUACAUUUGA